AUGAGCGACCACGAGAUGAACGAAGAACGCGAAGUGAACGAAGAGCCCGAAAUGAACGAAGGGCACGAAAUGCACGAAGAGCGCGAGGUGAACGAGGGGCACGAAAUGCACGAAGAGCACGAAGUCGGCGAAGUGAGCGAAGACCGUAAAGCAAAAGUGGUAGCCAACAUGAAAAUCAAGCAGAUGUUCCCGAAAAAGGAUCAUUGUGGCGAUUCAAUCCUGCUUUAUAAGAUAAGUACUAUUGUUACUUACUACAAGAUCUCCUCAGACGAGAGAGAGAGAGAGGGUUACUGUUUAAAAAUCAUCUGUAGUGUGUUCUAUAAGAAUUCUGGAAUACUGUACAAAGAUCAACAGGGGAGAAGAUGUGUUCGUCAUAUCCUGUAUCUUUAUGAGACUACUCCCGAGGGGGAACUUGAAGGAGAUCCCAAAUUCUUCGUGAGGGAGUACGUGGAUGAGAGGGACUGA